AUGGAUAUCAAACGAAGUUGUCCAUUAUCACCAUUAAUCGAUAAUAAUAAACCAAUAAUAUCUACACCAAGAAAUCGAUCUUCAUCGAUAUUUUCUUCUGAAUCAAAUUUGAACAAUAUCUAUGCUCUUAAUUUGACUCCUUUAAUGGAUAUUCAUACGUCAGAAAAAUCUGACUUAUUAGACGAACAAUUUCGUCUUGAACAUGAUAUAGCUCUUCAAUCAUCAAUUAAAACACACGAUUCAUUUCGAACAACAUAUUCAAGUUUACAAACAAUACUUUCUCAAAUGCAAUUAAAAUUAGCUUCUGUAUUUCUUGAAGAAACUGAAUAUUUAAAACAACGUGAACAACAACUUGAACAAGAAGAACAAUCAUUAACAAAACGUAUUCAACAAUUAAACAAUAUUCAAAUUGAACGACAACAAAUUGAAAAAGAAUUUUCGAAACUUAAAGAUCGACUUGAAACAGCUGUUAUUCAAGUAACAAAUUUUCAAACUGAUGGUACACAAAUUUUACGAACAUUAUUUUCUGAAUCUCGUCAAAUCGACGAACAAUUAUCAGGACUUAUAUCUCAAUGCGUAGCAGCACUUUGUCGUUCUCGAACAAUAGUUAAUUCAAAAAUAAAUGAAUUUUUACAAAAAUCUGAACAUAUUCAAUUGGAAUUAACUGAUCGACAAGUUUUAAUAUAUAAUACUCAAUCAUCAAUAAAAUUAAUGCUUGAAUUAGUUAAUACACUUAAUCAAUUAAAUAUUGAACAUUCACAAGAUAUAAUAAUAACUACAGCAGAUUUUGAAAAACAAUAUCAAGAAUUUAUUGAUCUUUCACAAACAACAAAAAAUUCUUUGGAUAUUAAUAAAGAAAUGAAUGAAAUCCGUUUAUUAGAAAAUGAAAAAAUUCAAUUAGAAAAAGAACUAUUAGAACAAACUCUAUUACUUGAAAAUAUCUCUACUAUACUAGGAAAAUCAGUUAUUAGUUAG